ACGGGAAACAAGCAUACUUUGCUAGGUUGCUCCCAAGACCGUGUGAAAAACAUGAUAAAAAUAGACGCAUCGAGCAGGUUGGCAUUUAUUGAACAUUUGCAGACCCCGUUGGAGUUCAUACGCUGAGGCCUAUAUAAGCGCUAAAGCCCGAUAACAAGCCUCUUCAAAACAUUUGCGCAACGGAAGUUGCUCUCCUCGUACACUGACAAUUCGGAUUAUACUGCGAAGCACUUGAAAACUACAGAUUCCCAAUUUACAGCUAGUUGAACGUUUUCGAAAAGGAGAAAAAAUGGUUCUGGGCUGGUUUCAAACUCCUCUGAGUCGCGAUCGCGCCAACUCCUUUUCGCGCCAUGAGAACGCAGCGGAGCCGGCGAUUAUUCAGGAGCAGUUGCAGAAUCGGAUCAAUCAGGCCGAUCCAGCACCGGCGCAGCCGCAGCCACAGCGACGACGAUCGAUCUUCGAGCGCCGCGUUAGCCUCGGAUCGGAUCCCUUUAGCCGCGAGUAUGCGGAUCAGACUGGUGACCUCUGGGUGGCCGAAUGCGAUCAAGGAGAUGCGGCGCAUAUUGCGGAAGGACACCUGAGGACGGAAGCUCUGACGCGCCCGGUGCCACUGGGAGCCGACGAAUUCAGCCGCGAGUACUUCGAUGCCACUGAAGACAACUUUGUGGCCGAAACGGAUUUGGGUGACUCGGGAUAUGUGCGCCGCAAUUCGCAGACCGUUGUCGACUACGACUCACCGGAAGUCAUUCGUCGCAUCGGGGAAAUGCUACGCCGACCAGUUCGCGUGGGCCACGACACUUUCAGCCAAGAGUAUGCCCGCGAAUUCGAGGACAUGUGGCAAGCCACCGCCGGCAAGGGUCCAUCCGGAAAAUAUACAAUCGUUGAGCGCGUUAUGAGCGAGUAUCAGCCGGACAAUCGCAACGCUGAACAAGGAAUGCCGCGUCGUCAGAGCAUCUUCUCGCAAUAAGCGAUCUGCGGGAUGGAUCUUCUACCGUACUUCAACAUUUAGGGUGCCAUUGGCUGAAUGGCGCCGCAUGUAAACACGUGUGUACUUGUACUUAUUACCUGUCGAAAUAUUAGCUUUUCGAUGGGCAAAUUACUGUCCCAUUCUUCAAACUGAAGCCAAGUGUGAAUAUUAUCUACUCAGUUUAGCUUCCUCGCACACAAAACCGGUACAGUGUACAUAGAAACGUAUGGACGUCAGUUGUGCACUUCUCAGACUUGUUGAUAAUUUCCCGCACUUUUUAAUGUGCUAGCACUUAAUAAAGUUGUACAUAAUCUGUAUGCAAUAAAGUGGCAAAAUCA